GCCCCGCCUCCUCCCAGACAAACACACACGCACACACUCACACACACACACUCUUUCCUGUCUUCCACACCCGGCCCGGGGGGAACUUCUUUCUUUUCCCCUGCACGGCCCUCACCACUUCACCUGGAAGAAAGGAGCAGGACUACUUCACUUCACCUCCAUCUUCAACUUCUCUGCUAAGCCAUGUUACUACCUUCGUCUCUACUCCUCCUCCUCGGCCUCCUUUCAUGGAGUCCCUGUGCAUCAUGCGCUAAAGUGAUCGUGGUCCCGCCCAUCAUGUUUGAAUCCCACCUCUACAUCUUCAAGACUCUGGCCACGGCUCUGCAACAGGAAGGCCAUGAGAGCCAUUUCCUAGUUUCAGAAGGUCGCGAGGUUCCCCCAUCUCCUCACUACCACUUACAGCGUUAUCCAGGGAUCUUUAACAGCAGCACGGCUGACAGUUUCCUCCAGUCCAAAGUCACUAACAUCUUCUCAGGCCGUCUGACGUUUCUGGAACUGUUUGACAUUCUUGACCACUACUCUCAGAACUGUGAUGCUGUUGUUGGCAAUGCUGAGGUAAUGACACGGCUGAAGGAGGCCAAGUUUGACCUGCUGCUGGUGGACCCUAAUGAGAUGUGUGGUUUUGUGAUUGCUCAUAUCCUGGGCGUGCAGUAUGCUGUGUUCAGCACAGGUCUGUGGUACCCUGCUGAGGUCGGUGCCCCGGCCCCUCUAUCGUACGUACCUGAAUUCAACUCGCUGCUGACAGACCGCAUGUCUCUGCUGCAGAGGAUCACAAACACAGCCGUUUACCUGGUUCAGCGCUUUGGAGUUCAUUACAUUGCACUACCCAAGUAUGAUCGGAUAAUGAAGAAACAUGGGGUGACGCCUCAAGUAGCCAUGGCUGACUUGGUGCAAGGCAGCCAGCUGUGGAUGCUUUGCACUGACAUGGCGCUGGAAUUCCCCAGGCCCACCCUGCCACAUGUGGUGUACAUAGGAGGCAUCCUCACCCAGCCCCCCAACCCACUGCCACAGGAUUUUGAAGCGUGGGUGAAUGCCACAGCGGAGCAUGGCUUUGUGGUUGUGUCGUUUGGAGCUGGAGUCAAGUACCUAUCCCAUGACAUUGCUCACAAACUGGCAGGAGCCCUCGCCAGGCUGCCCCAGCGUGUCGUCUGGAGAUUCUCUGGAGUUCCACCUAGUAACCUUGGCAACAACACCAAGCUUGUGGACUGGAUGCCUCAGAACGACUUAUUAGGCCAUGCCAACACAAGGGCGUUCCUGAGUCACGGCGGUCUGAAUAGCAUCUAUGAGGCCAUGUACCACGGGGUUCCAGUGGUGGGUGUGCCCCUGUUCGGGGACCACUAUGACACCAUGACUCGUGUGGCAGCCAAAGGUAUGGGUGUCAUGCUACACUGGAAGUACAUGACCGAGGAAGACCUCUAUACAGCCUUGACUAGUGUCAUCAAAGACACCAGGUACCGCCAGCAAGCAAGCCUUCUUUCCAACAUUCACAAAGACCAGCCAGGCCAUCCUGUGACCAGAGCAGUCUACUGGAUCAGCUACCUCCUCCGUCACAACGGUGCCAGCCACCUGCGCUCCGCCGUGUAUGAGGUGUCCCCCUACCAGUACUUCCUGCUGGACGUGAUCAUUACCGUAGCAGCUGCCUUGGCUCUGACCGUCUUUGCUAUCCACCAGUUGGUACGGUUGUUUAGAGGGAAAGUCGAGGAUCAGGGCAGAGGAGGAGGUAAAACCAGGGAUGAUGCUAACAUGGCCAACGGACAUUGCCAUAAUGAGAGCAUGGCCAACGGGAAACACAAACGCAAUGGCUCCUUGAAAACCGAGAAGAAGCUGAAUUAAUGUUUGGAGUGGCCAAGAGGGACGAGGAAGAAGUUGCCCCAAGGACUCAGCUCUAGGUUUGGUUUAGUGAUUUUGUACAAGCUUGAAAAGAAAGCUUUUCUUAGGUCUGCGUCAAGAGGCAACUGCUACUCCGAGCGAGAGGGUGUUGGAGAAUGCACAAUGCAAUGUGUGUGGGGACAGAACAAGGCAUUGGGUGCUCAGAAUCUGUGUGUGUGUGUGAGUGUGUGUGUGUAGGUGUAUUUGUACGUGUGCACUGAGGAAAACUUAACAAGAACUCUUAACAACAGCAGCUAGCGCAACGCAAAACCAAAUUGGAAAAUCAUUGAGGAUGAAGCAAAGGAAAGACACAUCAGAGGACGUUGUUUCUACAUGUGUGUGUCUUCUCCCCUGCGUGUUCUCUGUCGUCUUCCUGCCUGAAGAGGGGAAAAUCCUGAGCGCCAACCCCUCAUCCUCAGAACACAAGCACGAAACAUUUAGGAUUGAAUGUUUUUAACUGGACAAGCUCUGCUUCAAAAUGUGUAAAUACAGGAUAAAUCUAUUUAUUACUGUAAAGAAAUGCAUUUUAAAUGUGGACCUGUCUUCUUUUAAGUUAUUACAUGUGUUAGUGGUGUGAUAGCAUGGUGGUAGACACUCCCUCUGCUAAGCCAAUAUACACACAACACUGUGUCCUUCAUAUUAGAGAAACAAACAGAGUAUAAAGCAACAGUUAUUGUAAUGCCUGGGCCACACUGAGUGUGUGUGCAGCACAUGACGGCCGUCUCUCCUGCAUCUGUUCACACAGGGAGCGUGUUUGCUGCGUUCCUUCUGCAGAGCUGCUAUGUGAUAUUCUUUUACUUUGAAACGGGUACAGGAUGUGUUGCAAAUAUUUAUAUAUUUGUGACAUAUUCGUUAGAUAGAAAUUGAAAAUGUGGUGAAAGAUGUUUUUUGUGUUUAUUUUGCUGUGAACCGUCGGUGGUACGCAGAAAAAAUAGGCAAGACCCCAACUCUUGAGAAGAGCGGCUCACACGCAGGAGAUUUGUGUCUUGAGACGCGCCGCUCUCGUAUCCAGUGUGGCCUGGGCGUUAGGAUGCAUCAUACACCUGCGCUGUCGGCCGCUGCAACCAUCCACAAUAUCACGGGGGUCUUGUUUUUCUAUUUUAAACCUCAUUUGAACAUAUUUUUCAGCGUUUCCCUUUUGAUAGUGUGAACAAGAGACAGUUUUUUCUGGUAGAGAAUAAAUCUACUGAUAUCUGUUUGAAUUAUCAGUGUGAAAAGAUCAAUCAUGUUAUUAUCAAAAGAUAUAAUAAUAAUAAUGACUGUAACCUCUGCUGAUACUGUGGAUAGGCAAGGCUCAGCUGCUCAGGUGGUCUUAAACCAGGUGAUGAGUCAGAGCAUCAUUGAUUUACCAUCACUUGCCUCAUCAGUUCCCCCUUUAUCUGUUUAUUGAUUAGUAAGCAUUCAUCACUUGACUGCCAUUUUUAGUGCGACACUUUGUACAUCAUACCUCUGUGAUUGAUUUGUUGGAUCAUUUGUCUUGAAUGCUAAUUUUAAACGACACUGUUCACUUAGCGCUUCUCUCCUGUAAGGUAAAGUCAGAUUUAUUUCAUUCAGGUUCAUGUGCAAACUAGAUAGAGCUUAUAAAUAAUUAUAUUAACUUCGAGUGAGAAUGAUUCACAUUCUGUAUGUGGCCUUUUAUAAUGCAAAUGUUUGUGUAUGCAGUAUGCUUGAAUACCAAUUUGUGUGUGUGUUGUUUCAAUGCUCGUGCUUUUUGAUCACUGUACAGCCUUAGCCAGAGUGUAUGGGUUAAACAAAGCAGAUCAAGUAUGUUUUAUCCCACUGAGAGUCAUGUUAAAACAAUUUCUGGCAUUUUA